GUAGCUUGGGAGAAGGCUUGGUAUAGUCAGUGUAUAGAGUGGUUGGAUAUCAGGCAUGUAGCCAGAAGACAGCCUUCUUACUCUCUUCCACGUUUUACAUCUCAGUUCAGCAGUCUCCAGAAUGGUGUCCUACAAGCGGCUGAACCCAGAAGAGGUCUACCUGUCUGGGCCCGAGUCCCUCGCGCCUAACCCUGAUGACCCUCUCGAUGAAGAUCCUAAAGAGGGUGAUGCAGAGUUCCCUUUGUUGUCCAGGAGACCCCAAUGCUCUGUGACCUCUGCCCUGCUCACCCUGGGUGGGUUGAUAGUCAUCGUCCUUGGUGUUUGGCUGCUUGGCACUGUUGUAUGGCUGCGUAACCCUCCCUCCACAGACCCACACAGACCCCCACCACCCGCUUCGGCCACCCCAGGAGACAUGCAGGAAACUGGGGCGAGGGGCCAGCCCGAGUCCUGCUCCCUAGUGCCGGAGGCAUGGAGGUUUGACUGUUACCCAGAGAGAGGUGUGGUGGUUACCAUGGAGAUGUGCCAGGCUAGGAACUGCUGUUUUAUCCCGAGGGAGGUGACUGUAAAGCCAGGAUCCCAACGUCCAAACGGAGUGCCAUGGUGUUUCUACCCACCGGAGUUUCCUUCCUACACCAUGGUGUCCUUGAAUGACACAGCAAUGGGUUACGAGGGAACGCUGAUCCGAAAGCAGCAAACUUAUUACCCCAAAGACAUUGAGACGCUGCAGCUGGAUGUUCUGUAUGAGUCAGACAACAGGUUACAUGUGAAAAUAACAGAUUCUGCUGAUAAGAGAUUUGAGGUGCCCAUUGAUGUGCCUGAGGUUAAAGAAAGAGCCUCCAGUCCCACUUACACCGUCGAAUUCCAGAAAGAACCAUUCGGCCUCAUCGUCAAGAGAGCACAGAGUGGAGCUGUGCUGUUAAACACAUCGGUAGCCCCUCUGUUUUACGCUGAUCAGUUCCUGCAGAUGUCCACAUCCUUGCCAUCUCCCUACGUCUACGGGCUUGGCGAACAUCGCUCUAGCUUUCUGCACAACAUCCAGUGGAACACACUCACCAUGUGGGCUCGCGAUGUCCCGCCUAUGGAGCUGACCAAUCUCUAUGGUGUUCACCCCUUCUAUCUGUGUAUGGAACCCAAUGGGACAGCUCAUGGCGUCUUCCUGCUCAAUAGCAAUGCAAUGGAUGUGGUUCUUCAGCCUGCCCCUGCCCUCACCUGGCGUACGAUUGGUGGGAUCCUUGACUUCUACAUUUUCAUGGGUCCAGAUCCUAGCUCAGUGAUUGAACAGUAUUUGGAAGUCAUAGGGAGACCUGCUAUGCCUAUCUACUGGGCCCUGGGUUUCCACUUGUGUCGCUGGGGCUACAAGUCCAGCAACAGAACCUGGGAGGUUGUGAAAGAAAUGAGGAAUUACGGGAUACCGCAGGAUGUGCAGUGGAACGAUAUUGACUAUAUGGACCGUGCGAUGGAUUUCACAUUUGACCCUGUGAACUUUGCGACCCUGCCCGAUCUUGUUAAAGACCUGCACCGACAUGACCAACGCUAUGUCCUGAUGCUGGACUGUGGUAUCAGCAGUACCCAGCCUGCCGGCUCCUACUGGCCAUAUGAGGAAGGCCUGAGGAGAGGAGUCUUCAUCAAUGACUCUAAUGGAGACACACUGAUCGGAAAGGUGUGGCCUGGAUUAACGGCGUAUCCGGACUUUUCCAACCCUGCAACGCAUGAUUGGUGGUACGAGAGUCUGCAAAAAUUUCACCACAGAGUUCCGUUUGAUGGUCUGUGGAUUGACAUGAAUGAACCCUCUAAUUUCUUUGAUGGGUCAACGAAAGGUUGUCCAGACAAUGAACUGGAGCACCCUCCUUACACCCCUGGUAUCCUGGGAGGAAUCUUGAGAGCUAAAACCUUGUGUGCAUCUGCCCGUCAGAAAACCUCCACUCACUAUAACCUACACAGUCUGUAUGGACUCAUGGAGGCUAAGGCAUCUGCAAGUGCUCUGAAGAGGAUCCUGGUUGGAAAGCGUCCGUUCAUCAUCUCACGCUCAACCUUCCCCAGCCAAGGGGUCUACUCUGGCCACUGGCUCGGAGACAACAAGAGUCAGUGGAAGGACAUGUAUACUUCAAUAUCAGGCAUGUUGACCUUUAACCUGUUGGGCAUUCCUCUGGUUGGGGCAGAUAUCUGUGGCUUUGGGGAGGAGACCACAGAGGAACUGUGUGUCCGCUGGACCCAACUGGGGGCUUUCUACCCCUUUAGUAGGAACCAUAAUGCAAUAGAUGAACAGGAUCAGGAUCCUACGGUGUUUAGUCCUGCUGCUCGUAUGGCAAUGAAGGAAGCUCUUCUCCUCCGUUACUCCCUCUUUCCUUUCCUCUACACACUCUUUCACCAUGCACACAUCAGUGGACACACUGUUGCCAGGCCUCUCUUCUUCGAGUUCCCGACCGACCAGAAGACAUAUGGGAUUGAUAAACAGUUCCUGUGGGGGAAGAGUUUGCUGGUGACGCCUGUUUUAGAGUCGGGCGUGGACUUUGUGGUGGGAUAUUUCCCUAAAGGUCUUUGGUAUGACUUAUACACGGGUGACUCACUCAUUAGCAGCGGAGAGGAGAUUAAACUCCAGGCUCCGCUGGACAAAAUCAACUUGCAUCUGAGAGAGGGAGCUAUCGUACCUACACAGAGGCCUAACACCACUCUGUGGGUUAGUACGGGUCAGCCCUUACAUCUCAUCUCCUGUCUGAGUGCGGAGAGCUCCGCUGAGGGAGACAUGUUCUGGGACGACGGAGAUAGUCUUGACACCUAUGAGACCGGCCAGUACGCCUACAUCCAGUUCAGAGUGGAAAAGAACACAAUGACAUCAGAGGUGCUACACGGUCAUGAGGAAGCGUCUUACCUCACUGUUGAAAGCGUGUCCUUUUAUGGAGUGAAGACAGAGCCGUCCAAUGUCACGGUCAACUCUCAGGAUGCAGAGUUCACCUAUACAACCAAUCAGGUUUUGACUGUGAAAGAUUUGGGCCUAAACCUUAGCCAGAACUUCACAAUUAGCUGGACUUAAAAUGGUACUGGAUGUAACUGCUGUUUUUGUUUUUUAGAUAAUUCAAACACACUUUUUUUUUCUUUUUCUUACUUUUUUCUGCUUUUGCUAUGUCACUUGUGUUUGCAUUUUUAGUGUUAUCAAUUUUACUCUUAUGUGAUGGUGUGGAAUUUGGAGAGGCAAAACCAUUAGAACUGUGGUUUUCAUAAAUGUGUAUUUUACUGUCAGUAGAGUGGGAAAUGCCACCAGUGACUUUGACUAAAAGAAAACACCUCAUUGCAGUUUUAUCUCAUGACAGAUAGACUGUAAUUUAGACUAUAACUAUAAUAAAUGAACAAUAAGGAACAUCUAUGAUUGCCUUAAACAAAAAAGGAAAAAUAAGUUUGUUGCCUCUGAAAUUUAAUGAAUUGAAGGUUAUUAAUGCGAGAGCUGGAACAGUACAAUAUUUAUUUUUGAGUGGAAGUAUUUCGAAUUAAUCUCACUGUCUCUGUUUUCAUCACUGUUAUUGAUGAUAUCACAAUAGCAAAUGGAAUCAGUGAUGUUGAAAAUGGUCACAAUACAAUGAAU